AUGCAAAUCACUCGUGACCCGUGACUGUGACUGUGACAGCAAUGCCGCCUCGCAAGAAACCCCGUCCCUCUCCCUCGCCCUCGACAUCCCGCCACAAGACUCCCGAUGCACCACCGUCGUCCCACCACUCCGCCUCCUCCCCGAACAAACCUCUUUCGGAACAACCACGAAUGCUAUUGGACGACCCAUGGAGCGACCACGAAGAAAUUGGCCUAUUCAAAGGUCUGAUGAUCUGGAAGCCCACCGGCAUGCACAAACACUUCCGCCUCCUCGCCUUACAUGCCUGGCUACUCCAAAACAACUACAUUCAUCCUCGGAACGAGCAUACCAAACCCAAAGGCAUACGAACCAAGCUGGAGACGCUAUACAACAUGGACGCCUUGGAUGCGAGAGAAGAUGCGAGACAACUGCCUGCUUGGGAUGUUUCGGACCCGGAUGCCCCAGGCACGAUUCUCGACGAUGACAUCUACAGUGAAGCGGAGAACAGGAUCGAAGGAGAUGAUUUCGCCUUGCCGCCGGGAGAGGGCUUUGAGAAGGAAAUGUGGAAGCGCAGAUUGGCCCCUCCGAAUAACCGCGAGGAGAGCGACGCCGAACUCCCCGAGUUGAAUCUCGCCGAAGAUCCGCCUGUGCGAUUUGUGGCUACCGUGAGUGUGGAACCGAGCGAAGCCCCAACAGUGGCAUCGAAAAAGGGGAAGAGUGCGGCUGCUGGUGCGAGGAGGAAGAGUAUGCCGAAAAUUGCCUCCACGACCACCAGAAGGAGUGCGAGGCAGGCAGAGAGCACGGCUGAUGAGGAGGAGGCUACUGGUGAACAAGAAGGUGAAGUAGGGGGAGCAGGAGGAGAGGAAGAGGAUGAAGGAGAGAAUAGUGCGAGCGAGAACCAGAGUCAGGCGAGUACUCCUGCGCCGAGGACGAGUUCGAGGAGCACGAGGGGUGUGCGAGGGAGAGGGAAUGCCCGACCUGCAAGGGCAAGAGGGAAGAAGUGAGACG